AAUUUUACUUUCAAAUAUAUUCGUAAUCCGACCGCCGGAAGAUUACCAAGAGGACCAUUGAACGAUGGACCGGAACCAUCCAUCAGAGGUCCGAGCAUCAAGGAUGCUGGACGUGAUGGAGCGAAGAUACCGUGGAACGAGAGAUGGCUGGCCAACGUUGUUAUGAGACGUAAUAAUGGAGCGAAGUGGAGCCCAAGGUUUACGGGGGUCGAUCCUGGACAAAUCGUACGAGGAUGCGUAAAGUUUUGCUUCCUCGUUUCGAGAUUUUCGAGUGGAAAUAAACAAAGAGGAGGUGGAGGGAGAGGAGAGAGAAGAGAGAGAGAGGAAGGCGACUUUUGGAGGAGAUUUUCGAGUGGGAAGGAAAAGGCGAGGCUCUCCAGGAGGGUGACACAAGGCAAACUCGAAAGGAAACGAUCCCUUAUCGUACUUGUUCCGCUCCUACCCCUUCCUUUCUUUUCUUUCCUUUUUUCCUCCCGAUCUUUUCUCGGCCAUCGCGAUAAUGGCUCAUCGAGACACGCGCGCCGUCGAUGGCAAAUACGAAAGGAGCGGCCGUUUAAACUCGAAUGCGACCCAUGGGACGGCCCGCCGUCGACGAGAUUUUCGCUCGUUAAUUCAAGGACGUGCAAUAGUCGAUGGAUGGAUCAGCUGAUUUUCACCACUUACCAUCGCGUGUACGCAUUUCCUGGGAAAAAUAUAGGUGAGCGGAAUAUGGCGCACUUCGGCGUGAAUAAGGAUGGAAGAAAGUCGGGACGAUAUAUCUUUACGUCCUGCUUGUAGAUUUAUUGCGUUCGAGGCACUCGAGAAAUUAGGCUGACGCGAUCCGUGGGUCAGCCCUCGAAUCAGUUUAGUCUCUGUUUAAUCUUCCAUUGCUAUAAAUUUUAUUUACCGGGUAUUUGAAAGCCCGAAGCGUUCGAUAUUUUAAUAAACAUACAGGAGGAAA